AUGAUGUCGUGCACCACAGCGCCUCUCAUCAAGACGAUAAAACUGUUGCACGCAGGUAAAGCCAAGGCCGAGACUGCUACUCCCGUCAUCGCAGCCAUCUAUGCAAGCCUUCCUACGCUUGCUCCUGACUCCCAUUCGCAAUUCGAGCUGUACUCUCUGUCCUACAUUACUCUUGCAUGGGUGCGGGUGCGGGGAGGGUGCCCCGUCGAAGGGCGAGAAUCAGCAUCGGUGAUACCGUUCUUCGAUCUGCAGACCCUUUACGCGCCUACGACAAAACAUGCUCCGUCGAUUAAAAGCACGACCGAGUUGCAUUGCGGUUGUAUGAUCGACAUACUCCACGUCCUAUCCAGGGAGACGCCUUCCCCAGAUCAAGCUGACGCCACGUCAUUCUCGGUACCGCCGCUCAAGAAGGUUCAGGUGUACGACUUCAUGUUCGUACACAGCCGGGACAUGAUGUUCUCCAAGUUAAAGGAACAACUGCUCGCACGAAACGCGGCGGGCGCGGGGGUGGAUACUUCCGUCGUUGGCCCAAAAUUGCUGUACGCAGGCGAUGUCAACGAGUUCAAGGUAUCAUCGAUCUCGUAG